GAUGGGCUUUUCAAUCCAGCAGACAGGAAAGUGCAUACAGCCAGAGCACACCAGAUGGGGCUCUUAGGUACAGCAUGUUCUGCAUCUGCCCUCCUUCAAUCAGUUAGAGCUAAGCAGGUUUGUUCAAGGCUUUGACUGACUUACCUUUUCUGCUGCAACACUUCAUCAAGGGUUUCCUGCUUCUCUUGCAGCAGCCACCGGAGGUGCUUCAUUUCUCGCUGGUACUGAGCAGCCUUCCCAGCAAAUUCUUUCUCUUGUUCCGUCACUUUGAGGUUGAUAUCUCCAAGCUUUCCGGCUGCGGUCUUUUUAUACACCUGUGAGAGUUGGAGCAGAGCCCAUUUAGAAGCAGUGCCGGGGCUGCAUACAAAUUGACAGACCAUACCAGCGGAAAGAUGGUUUUCUCCCACUGGGGCUUUAUCCUGAAACCAGGAAUGCUUUGUUUAAAGAGCAAAUUGGCCUGCCUCAUGUAAAGAUGAAUUAUCCUCAAACAGAGGGCGAAGAAAAAGCACUGAAUGACGAGCUGGAAUGUAAAAUCUGUUACCAGAAGUUUAACGUUCACAGCCGCAAACCCAAAAUUUUGGACUGCCUUCAUAGGGUGUGUGCUAAAUGCGUGACAAAAAUCCUUCAUGUUGGAGAUGGCUCCCAUUGCAUCAGCUGUCCCUUCUGCCGCCAUGAGACACAGCUGCAGGAAGAGGAAGUGGAAGGACUUCCCGAUGAUACAAAUGUCAUGUCCAAACUCAUGACAAAGGACAGAACAGCAUGGAGUUCAGACUGCAAAGAAGUAGUCUUGACGCCAAAGAACUUGGCUUCCUCAAGUCCUCACGGGUCACCAAACUGUUUGGUGAUAACCAUCAUGGAAGUACAGAGAGAUUCCACAAGGACUUCAAGCCAGAACACUCUCUCGGAUUACUACACAGAUCACAGCCUAAGCUCAGCAUCAGUAAACUCUCACAGCCAACUGGAUCAAGAUAUUUUCUCUAAGCUCUGCAACCACGUACCCAGAAUACUAGUGUGGCUGCUUGGAUUUUUCUAUUUUGGUUCUCUGCCACUUGGAAUCUAUUUAUUGGUGAUUCAGAAAGUGACCCUUGGAAUUGUCUGUGUUAGUCUUGUUCCAUCCAGUCUAACAGUGUGUCUUGUGUAUGGCUUCUGUCAAUGUCUCUGUCAAGGAAUGUGCGACUGCUCCUCUAGAAAUUAACCUUUUCUUAAAACAACAACUGAAUUUUGGAUAUUGUUAACUAUUGACUUUCAAAUGUAUAGGCUAUUUAAAGCCUACGGUAUGGUUUUCCCUAAACAAAUAAUUCUCAGCAGACAAAAAGAGACACAUCUAUAUUUAAAUAUCCCUAACAUUCUAUCCCACUCUCUCAGUAUUCAGUCACUCUUUAGUGUAACCAACAAAUAAAACUUGGGGAUCAAUGGCUUUCAUUGAGUUCUCUAGAACAAAGUUAUGGGAUACACUUGAUAGAAGGCAAAAGUCUCUGUCCCACUCCAAACACUGGGAUCACAAAGAAGUAUUUAGCAUCCAUACCUCUGAAUCCAUAUCUUUACUUUCUUUCAAAAACUUACCCACAACCCUGACACUGGGUGGGCCCAUCACCACUGAUAAGCCCGCAGGCUUAUCUGUCCUCCACAUCCUGUAGGUUGUGGAGGCAGAACAGUAUUUUUUCCCAGGCACUUUUCCAUCCCAAGCCCCUAGGUUUUUGGGGUAGGGAAGAGUGGAAAAUUUUCUUUUUUAUACUCAUCAGGGGCUGGAGUCCAAGUUUGGUUUGUGAAAACAGGGACAGAGUUUGGAAUGAGAGAUAUGGCCUUGCCUCUUGCUCUGCUUAGGUAAAGGCCUCAGUGCUGGACAGUAAGUGGAGGAGGUAAAGUAGGAGAGUGGGAUUGGGAAAGGACUGGAACUCUCAAACUAUUUCCCCAUUUGUCAAACUGGAUGAUCCUUUAGUUAGUGUGAAAUAAAAAUAUAGAACUGUGUGUGCCUACAGUUUGAAGAAUAGACAAGGUGAAAUGUUAUCUUAGAAAAUCUAUUCCUCAACUUGUCUGGAAUUUAUUUAUUUUUAGAUAGGGCUAUCAGAUCCAAAAUGAAAGAAUCAAGCUGUGUAUUUUUCCUGUAAAAGUCUAUGAAGCUGGGAAGGUCUGAAAUUAGGUCUGUUUUAUUGUAUGGACUGUCCUGUUCUGGUAUAAUG